UCUUUGUCGACAGAGCCUCCAAAUACGUCACUUUCUCAAUCGGUUCCAGCAAGACAGAGGCCAAGGCUGUUAAUGAAGCAGAUGUCACCUCUGCGUUCAAUGCCAAUUCAGAUAAGACUAACGAGUCAGACGGCAUUGACGUCUUCGUCGACAGAGCCUCCAAAUCGGUCACUCUCCCAAUCAGAUCCAGAAGCCCAGAGGUCAAGGUUGUUAAUGAAGCAGACUUCACCUCUGUCCCUCUGGAACCAAUAGAUGAGCCAUAUGAAGAGGUCAGUAUACGGAUUAGCAGGGGCACACGUCAAAGCAAGAUCAGCAGCAAGAAGAAGAAGUCUUUUUGUAAGCGCUGGCUUAAAUGGAAUCCAUGGAAAAGUGCCAAGCGAGCAAGUAGAGCUGGAUACGGAUAAGACUUUCGAGUCAGUGAGUGAGUUCAGGGAUUCCGACAGGACAGACGAGACGUCUGCAGGCAAGACUUGUAAGAAAGAGAAGAAGGGUCUCUGGAAGUACUUGACUAAAUGGAACCGACGGACGAACGUCCAGCCUGCAACACGACAGGAUGUGGAUGAAACCGUUGAGUCGGACGAGGACGUUGACUCGGACGAGGACGACGUUGAGUCGGACGAGGACGACACACCAGAGGCCGCGCAAGCCUCACAGAAUGACGGAUCUUCAAAUGUCCAUUGCCUCUGCAAUAAGCCAGUUGGACAAACCAAAAGGACGCCUUGGUGGUGCUUUCGUAAUUCCCAGAGCAAUAAGGUCCAACCGGAUUUAAGCCAACCAAUGGACAAAGCUGUCAAGUCACCUGGACCCAAACGCUCCACAUCUCGUCAUGGAGCAAAAUCUCGCAUCAGCUACAGACGGCCGAACAACACCCCUCUGGUGUUGCAGGAUUAUGAUGGAGAAGAGGAUGAGGAUAUGACAUUGGAGGAAACCACAAACGCCACAGCUCCGCACUCCAUUGUUGAGGGUGACGACAACAUCCUGUGUGACGGUGUGAGCUCACUUCCCUCCGACAGAGGAAGAUGUCACGGCUGCUUCUGACACGGACGCCAAUAAGACCCUCGAGACAGCACCGGAUCAGCCGGAGAAAAGACCGUCUCUGCUGAAGAGGAUCCUCUGCCGCCUCCACCUAUAUCAUGUGAAAUAAUCCCCCCCCCACCGAGAGCCUGGUUCUGCUCAAGGUUUCUCCCCCGUUGAAGGGGGAGUUUUCCUCGCCACCGUCCCCCCCUCUUGCUGAGGGGUGAACGUUGGUCUGUUUAGGACGAUCAGGUCCUAUCGGUACGGUUGAUCCGUACACUGUUAACCCGGGUACAGUGUUAACCCGGGUUUGGUUUAAAAUAAACUUUUAUAUUAAUCAUUAAUUAUUCUUUUAUCUCAUUACUAAAUCAAAUAAGUUGUUUGUAAUAUUCAGCAGUGUAAUUAUCAUGUUAAGCAGAAAUAACUAUUAGAUUUCUAAUAAUGAUAAUGGAUAAUAAUGAGUGGAAACAUGAGCUCAUGGUCGUGGCUCCGAGGCCCCGCUCCGGAGGGUUGGAGAUCUACAUCUGGACGUCGACGGCUGCUCUUUCUCCCCAACCUGGAUGUCAUCCUGGACCCGACUGGAUUCCAGUCGCACGUCAAGUCCAUCAUCAAAUCUUCCACCUGAGAAACAUCUCUCCACUCACUCGGCAAUCACUCUCUGACUCCGUGGCAGAAUCCCUCGUCCACGCCUUCGUCACCUCCCGUCUGGACUAAUGGAGUUCUGUCCUGGACUUAUCUUUAGUUAUCCUUCAUGUUACAGGGAUUUUAGGUCAGCCUUAUAGUUUCACAUCACCCAUCACCUCACUACCAACUACUGACUACUGCUUUACACCCUUAUUGAUCUUCUGUUGAUUCAGUUGGAUUACCUUUAAUAAUGUACCUGCAUUACUUAA